AUGGCGGUGACGUAUGUAACGUUGGCGCCUAAUUUAAAACACAACGUGAUGUGGAGUUGGACUUUUUUAUUAAGUGUAAUAUUUUUUUUUGUGAUAUUUUUUCAUAAGCCGUUCACGGAUGGCAGUCACAUUUCGGGAUCAUGGAACAGUAGUGAUUUUUUUAAAUUUUUAGUGAAAUUCGGAUUUCAAAAGACAAUCAGGCACAAUCAAAAAGAAUCUUUAGGUUAUAUAUUUGGAAAUAUAACGUCAAAAUCUAAUAAUGACCAAACAAUUACUUUAUCCGUGUUAGAUAGAGGUUAUUUUCUCGAAUACUAUGGAAAUCGUUCUUUGGAAGAUAAAGAUGUAGCCUGUGAACGAAUGUUUAAUAAAAUAAGCACAACUGCUUAUGACUCUAAAUGUUAUAAUAAGGGAGAAGAUUUUUUAAGAAAAGUUCCCUGUCCAAAAGGGCAGCUUUGCGUGGAUGAAGAUGUGCCAUGGAACGUUGUAAAAGGUUACCAAUUCACAUAUGCUGUUCAGGAUUUAAGACAGCCGAGAUUUUGGUACAUUAGUCUAGUAGCUUGUUACAGAGAUGUAAAAACUUGUAAGUGGCAUCAUAUGAAGGAAAAUAUUAGUCUAGAUUAUGACAUCUGGCUUGUAAACGGAAACCCGAAUGUUAGUUCCUAUAAUCCUGUUGUAUAUCAAUUUUCUUUCGACAGACAGAGCACUCUAGAAAUGUAUUUAGGAUUCUUUUUAUGGUAUUCAAUUUUGGUACCAUUGCAGCUUUAUGCAUCGACAAGGCAAAGCCAUCCAGUUACAAGACUUUUUACAGCAAGUUUACUCUUAGAAUUUUUUGCAUUUUGUUUUAUAUUAAUUCAUGUAUUAAAAUUUGCAUUAGAUGGUGUAGGUCUAAGCAGUCUAGCAGUUGUAGGUGACAUAUUAGAUAUUCUUUCAAGGACCACAUUCAUGCUCCUUCUUUUAUUACUUGCCAAAGGAUGGGCUGUCACAAGAUUAGAAUUAACUUGGAAGCCAUUAGUUUUUUCAAUUUGGUUCAUUUAUGGUGUAGUACACAUAUUACUAUAUGUGUGGAAUAUGACUGAGGUAGAUAUCAUAGAAGACAUUGACGAGUAUCAAACAUGGCCUGGUUGGCUUAUAUUAACAUUAAGAACAUCCAUAAUGUUUUGGUUUUUAUUCGAAUUGAAAAACACAAUGACGUACGAGCAUAAUACUCAAAAAUUAAAUUUUUUCCUACAUUUUGGAGCUUCUUCACUGGUUUGGUUUAUUUAUUUACCGAUCGUUGCACUCAUUGCUCUACACAUUUCCUCAUUGUGGAGAUUUAAAUUCAUAUUGGGUAAAAGUUAA